GAGAGAGAUAGAUACAUUUAUCUUACUCUGAGCUUACAGGCUGGAAAGGACAGAUCAUUUCUAAGGAUUCUUCUUCAAUUGCACUUCUUCUCUUUUUCCUGCUGGACACAGCUUCAAUGGAUGAGCUAAGUCAGCACUUAAAGUGCCUGAAACUUUGUAGUGGUGAAGCUGAUGAUGAAAAACAGAUACUUCAAAGUCUCAGUGGGAUCCUAUUGGCUCUUGAUGAAGACAUUCAAAACUCUUCAAAAUCCCUUAUAGAGUGUGACAUUUUACCAGAUUUAGCCAAAAUCCUAACAGCUAACCCAACCUGCACAGAAAAAGCUACCCAUGUACUUGCAGAGCUGUCAAAGAAUGAGGAAACAAGGAAGCCAUGCAUUGAUGCUGGCCUAGUCAUGAUCUUGGUUCCUCUAUUAGAAAACUCAGACGAGGAGUUGCUUCUGCAUGUUGGCAGAGCGAUUGGCCGAAUCUGCUAUGACAACCGUGAAAUACAAGAACACUUGAUUAAACUAGAUGUGAUCACCUCAUUGGUCCGAAUUUUAACUGAUUACCCAGAGAAUGAUCCACUGGUGCGUGUGUGUCUCCUCGCCAUAUCCAACUUGGCUGACCUAGACAGUGCUAAGGAGGCUUUGAGCAAAACCAGUAUUACCAGGCAGCUGGUAAAGCAGCUGAAGAGAGCAGAAAAUCAUGAAAGAGUUGAAAUUAUUAUCAAGGUUCUCCAAGCACUGGCAGAAAAUGAUGCCCUAAAGUUACAACUGGUAGAUGCCUCUUUACAGGAGACAUUAUGUGAAAUUAUACAGAGACUACAGGACAGCGUUCAACCAGAGGAAAUGUGCACAAUGAAGUCUUCUUCAGAUCUUAUUGUGUCCCUACUUCUUGGCGAUGAGUCUAUGCAAAAACUGUUUGACAAUGGAAAUGGCAUCGUGUACAAGAACAUUUCUUUUUGGCUAAGCUCACGGCACACUCUCCUUCAGAUGACUGGGGCACUCACCACUGCUAACUUUGCAAGGAAUGACAGUAACUGUGUUCGUAUGGUACAGCUGGGGGUGGUGCACCAGCUACUGGACCUACUGGAACAGCAUGUGGAGAAUGGAGAUGUUGCUGUGCAACAUGCUGCACUUAGUGCAUUACGGAAUCUCGCCAUACCAGUGAUGAAUAAAGUACAGAUGCUAAAAGAAGGUGUUGCUGAUCGAAUUCAGAUGCUUUUGAGGUCAGAGAUGCCUCCAGUGCAGUUUAAACUAUUGGGGACUUUGAGGAUGCUGACUGAUGGUCAAGCUGACGCAGCCAUGAUAUUGGGGCAGAAUCCCAUGAUGUUGACUAGACUUGUGCAGUGGUGUGAAACGAAAGAUCAUGUUGGUGUACGAGGAGAAGCUAACAGGCUGCUGGCAUCUCUCCUCCGUUAUAGCAAAUCACAGGAUGUAGUGAAAGCAGUUCAUUGGGCUAAAGGAUUAAAGCAUCUGGUAUCUAUGACAACUAGUGAACAUGCUAUUAUGCAGAAUGAAGCCCUCAUUGCUAUGGCCAUUGCAUCUGCAAUUAACCUAGAACUAGUAGAAGAGGACUUUAAGGAGUCAGAGCUGGUAUCCAUCCUGCACAAAAUUCUGGAAGAUGAGUCAAUGGGUCCAGAGGUGAAGUACAAUUCACUGGGUCUGCUGUGCAGCCUCCUUGACUCAGAUGUAUUAAGAAGAGACAUGGAAUUAGUCAACAUGAAACAGACUUUGGAGAAGAUGUGUGCACACAGCAAUAGCAACGUAGUCAAACAAGCCAAUACAGUGCUGCAAAUAUUAACCAGCAGUAGCCCACACAGUGGCCAUUUUUUUGCAUAGUUAUCAUCAUGCUUUGCCUGUGUCGAUACAACAGCUAGAGUGGCUCAGUGGCUAAAUUAUCAUCACCUGGGAACAUUUUACUUGCGCUUUUAGAUUUAACAACUUGUUCUAGUGUGGAAAAUAAUUGUCUGAAUCUUUUCUCCCCACAUGUGAAUUGAAUCAGGGAGUAAGAAUUUGUUUCUGACAAAUUGACAUCUUUAUCAUCUUUAGUAAAUGUGUCAGUUUGUUGAAAAUCUUCCUUAAAGUCAGAGUUUUGGUACAUCCAAAAUGUAUUUGCUGUAGUUCCAUUUUUCAUACAUUUAUCCCAAAGCAAUAAUUCCAACUUGCUAGCAGUACUGUCUUCCUUCAAUUGAGAGUUUUGUACCAGGACCACAAGUAGGGCUCUAUUUACCAUAUAGGCACCUGAGAUCCAAUGUGUCCCCUAGUCUGGAAGCUUUGGUGGGGACAAGGCCUUGGGUUCCUAUAUGGUAAAUAAAACAAGUGAUUAAAAAGAAUUCCCCAAGCCCACCAUGGAUACUUGCUGUUAAAUUUGGCAGCAGAACUUAGGGGGUGUGGGGUUCCUGCCCCUGUGGCAGCCAUCUAUGCAUGCAUUGGGAGGAGGAGAGAUGAGGUCUGCUGCCUAGGACAGCACCAGACCUAAAUACAGCUCUGACCACGAGGACACUGACAUUAUGCCUAGAUAAACCAAGAGUUCUUUAAUGGCUAUUUUCACAGCCCCGUAAUUUAGGCAGACCACUUUUAUAAGAUCCAUUUUACAAUCUUGCAUAGUAUUCUUUCUACAAGAUCAGUUAUCUAUGAUUUUAAGGCACAACAUUUGUUAAAUAUUACUCCUAUUGUAGGAGUGAAUAAAAAAGUUGCUAUUAGAUCAUCGACCUAAUUACGGAGCCCUUCCAAUAACUUUAAGGACCAAGUUCAUUUAUUUGUGGUGCACCCUAUAUAGGAUCAACCUAAACUACUUGCUUUUUUUUUGUAAUCAGUAGUCAGAAUCAAAGUUUGAAUAUUUUAGUAUGGCCAAAUAUGGACAGAAAUAAGUAAACAACACCUGCACAAAGCUGAAAAUGCUAUAAAAUGGCUAAACAUUCAAUAAAAAGGCCAAAAAUGCACCAAAAUCACCGAAAUUGCAAUAUAAUCACUGAAAUAACAUACAAAAGUUAUUGCACAGUACGGUUAGCGAAUACUCCAUUCGCAAUUGCAAUAAACCCUUUUUCUCAGCUAAAA